GGGGCGGAGUUUACAGACGGCCCUAGCAGCAUGGCCGCCGGCGCCGCCGCCGCCUUAGCGUUCCUGAGUCAGGAGAGUCGAGCCCGGGCCGGAGGGGUCGGGGGUCUGCGGGUCCCGGCUCCGGUCACUGUGGACAGUUUUUUCUUCGGCUGUGAGCUCUCCGGCCACACCCGCUCUUUCACCUUCAAGGUAGAGGAAGAAGAUGAUUCGGAGCAUGUGCUGGCUUUGACCAUGCUCUGCCUCACCGAAGGGGCCAAAGAUGAGUGUAAUGUGGUAGAAGUCGUGGCCAGGAAUCAUGACCACCAGGAGAUUGCAGUCCCCGUGGCCAAUCUCAAGUUGUCCUGCCAACCCAUGCUCAGUUUGGAUGACUUCCAGCUUCAGCCACCUGUAACCUUCCGCCUGAAGUCAGGUUCUGGCCCUGUGCGCAUCACUGGGAGGCACCAGAUUGUUACUAUAAGCAAUGAUGUUUCUGAGGAAGAAGAGAGUGAAGAAGGGAGUGAGGAGGAGGAAACAGAGUUGUGUCCCAUCCUGCCUGCCAAGAAGCAGAGGGGCAGACCUUAGCCUUGGUCAGCUAGCUGCCUGCCAUGUGUGCCAUGCACUAUGUUCCUGCACAAAUUUCAAGAAAUUUAAAUGUGUCUUCUCCGUUGAAGAGGAGGGAUGGUUGGGUG